AGAAAAAAAAAAGAAACGGAGAAAAAAGACAAAGAAAAGAUAUAACCUUUCGUCUCUCGUGUACACUUUAAUUUUUUCAAAAUUACAAUUCUGCAGACCCCCUUCCCUCCCCAUUCCCCACACCUACAAGGCUUUAACUAUAAAGCUAGUAGUCACUUUAGCAGUGACCAGUAGAAUCACAACUGCAAUUCCCCCCCCCCCCCCCCCCCCCCCCCCCCCCCCCCAGAGUACAAUUGGUUGUGUGUAGAAUUAAAGCUUUGAAUAUGGAGAAUCAGUUAGGUCUUCUGAGAAUCCGUAUCGUUAGAGGCAUUAAUUUGGCCAUUAGAGACUUAAGAAGCAGUGAUCCCUAUGUUGUUGUUAGGAUGGGCAAACAGAAAUUGAAGACUCGAGUGGUGAAGAAGAGUGUAAAUCCCGAAUGGAAUGAAGACUUAACGCUAUGUGUUGCUGAACCAAUUCUCCCAAUAAAGCUGCAAGUUUAUGACAAGGAUACAUUUUCUCGUGAUGAUAAAAUGGGCGAUGCAGAACUUGACAUUGUACCAUUUAUAGAUGCAGUAAGGAUGACGCGCUUUAAGAACAUUCCAAAUGGAGUCAUAAUUUCAAGAAUAAUUCCAAGCAGGAAAAAUUGUUAUUCUGAAGAAAGCUGUAUUGUCUAUGAAAAUGGCAAGGUUGUCCAAAAUGCAUUUGUUAGGUUAAGGAAUGUUGAAUGUGGUGAAAUAGAGCUCCGGUUGCAAUGGCUAGACAUUCCUGGUUCCAAGAAUCUAUAGCUAAUUCGAUUAUAUUCCAGACCAUUAUGUACAUUAUGCUUGCUGUUCUUUUUGGAAUUUUUAAUGGCCGGCCUUGUAAGAAAAGUUAGAUUUUGUAUUUAACUCGUCCUUUUGUUGUUGCUGCUUA